UCCGGCGGAAGCGGAACAGAAGAAACCAACACGAAGAACUACGCAACUUCCUUUUCCUCCGAGGCCCUAUUGGAGAGAUUUCACUGUUGGCCGGUUCGGACUAAACCGCAAACAUGGUGGCCGCAAAGAAGACGAAAAAGUCUAUGGAGUCCAUAAACUCUCGUCUCCAGCUGGUGAUGAAGAGUGGAAAGUACGUUUUGGGCUACAAACAGUCCCAGAAGAUGAUCCGUCAGGGGAAAGCUAAGCUGGUUAUUCUGGCCAACAACUGUCCUGCUCUUAGGAAAUCAGAGAUAGAGUACUACGCCAUGCUGGCCAAGACCGGAGUCCACCACUACAGUGGGAACAACAUCGAGCUCGGCACCGCCUGCGGAAAGUACUACAGGGUGUGCACACUGGCGAUCAUCGACCCCGGCGACUCUGACAUCAUCAGGAGCAUGCCGGAUCAGCAGCAGCAGGCCCAGUAGAUUGCUGAGCCAUAUUACUAAUAAAAAAAAAAUUUAA